AUGGGAAUUGACGAGACGCCCAGCACCAGGACAGCCGCGACGGCACCGGCUGCCCUAUUAGACGAUCUGGAGAUUACCGCCCAACGGAAUCUCGCCCUGGCUCGUCUCAACUCCUCGCCUCUGCCACCGAUUCAGACCAACCAUAUGAACAAUCCCGGUAACAACUCGGUCACCAAUGGACCCAACAACGUCGGGCCCAAUAACACCACCGAGCAGUCUCUGUACAGUCAUCUCUACGGCAAAGAGAUGGGGUUGAUGAGAAAGCUGAGUAAUAUCGAUGAAUACCCAAACCACGCAGCACGCAGCUAUCAGCAACUGUUGCAACAUUCGGAUGGCAUCCUGCCACCCGGUGCUGCUCACCCAAUGCAGCAAAAUUUCGCCGGCCAUCCGCAUGCCGCCAAAUUUAAUCAGUUCAAUUACCCAAAUCCGGGUGGUCUGUUGAAACCGUGCUACGACUAUGCUUCCCAACAGCAACAAGCGGCGGCCGUCGUAGCCCAACAGCAUCAGUUGCAGUCUCAUCAGAAUACGGCAUCGGGAACGACCAGCAACGCGACGCCAACGUCCAAUCAACAGAUGAAAAAGGAAAUGUUUAAUCUAAGCGGUAGCAAUGGAGCUGAUUUAUACACCCCUCCACCCUCAACCUCUUCCGGCUCGGUAGCAUCGCAAGGCUCGACUGGCGCUAACGCUGCAACCAACACCACAGCCUCAAUGGCCAACGGUUCCGCUGGGAACGGCUCGCUCGCGUUCAUGAAUCUUCAUCAAUCGUCAUCCGCAGCUGCAGCAGCCGUGGCCGCUGCCAUGUAUGCCAAUCAUUUUAACACCAACGGUACAGGUGGCAGCGGCGGUCUUCCCAAAAUGGACAACGGCGACAGCUUAGCUGAUUUCAACCCAAUGCGAAACGUGGGCAGCGCCGGCAACCCCAUGAGCAAUGGCCCACCCAACAACGGUAGCAACAAUCUAAUCAAAUCCGCCGACUCGGUCCUGAUGGCAAGAAGCUCAAUUAUGAAUAAUUUAAAUAAUAAUCUUAAUAAAAUUGAACCAAAUACUGAUACCACACUUAACGAUAAUAACAAUAAUCCACAUAAUCAUCACCAUCAGCAGCAAGGCCACAAUCAUCUCGGUUCCCACCAGCAGCAUCACGGCGGCGGUGGUGGUGGUGGCCAUCACCCGUUCCAUCACCAGAUGAGUUCGCUUGCCGGUGGGAACGGCGGUGUUGCUACCGGACCUGGCAAUAAUGAUGACGAUAACGAUAAAUUAUCGUCACCAUUAACGGGCACCUCGUCGCUCACCAAUACCGACCUGAACGAUCCCGACAACGAGGGAAAUGACGAUGGGUAUACCAUUCUGUAA